GCCUCGCCUCCUUCCUUCCUUCCUUCCUCCCGGCCCAGCGGCGGGCAGGUAACCCUUUUCUGAUCAACCCUAAAUGAGAAGCCCAGGAUGGACGAGAAGCCGAGAGGCAGCGGGUUGUCUCCCUCAGCCUCCUCCAGACAAAAUGCUUCCCGGAAGAGGGCGAGAGGGGCAGGCGGGAACCCAGGGCUCGCCAGCCAGGCCCCGAAGAAGAAGAAGAGGAGGAAGAAGCAGCCCCUCAAAGCCUCCAGGGCAGCUGCCCCCCAUUACCUAGUGCAGGAGACAGACAAUGACAUGCUGCUAAUAAUUUCCAACGUGGGCGAGACCCCAGCGUGGCCGCGCCCGAAACACCCGAAGAAGAAGAAGAAGACAACGAAGAAGACAACGAAGAAGACGACGCAGCAGCAGCAAAGGAAGAGGGUAAAGAAGAGGACAGCGAAUAAAGGGGAAGAAGUGAAAGGAGAGACUUUGGCAGGCCAGCAGACAGCUGCCGGGGUACUAGGAGAAGAGGAGAGCAAGGCCCCCCCAUGUGCCCCCCAGUCAGCCGCGUGGGGGUCCUGGGGCAGCCACCUCCCAGUGGAGAUUCUGGUCCAGAUCUUCCGGCUUGUGGUGGCAUCUGAAGGCUCCGUGCCCUUCCUCUGCAGGAUGGCCCGUGUGUGCCGACUCUGGAAUGGAGCCGCUUCCAAUCCUGUGCUUUGGAAGAAAGUAUCUGUUGGGUAUUGCUGGGCGACACCUGGGAAAAAAUGUCCUCCUGUUCUGGAGAAGAAAGUCCUUGGCACUAUGAAGUGGCUCAUCGAGAGCAGAUUUUCCCACCUCCAAGACUUUGCUCUCUGUCACUGGAAGAGCCACGUGCCUUUCGUCCUGAACGAAAUCGGCAAUUCCUGCCCGCUCCUUGCAUCUCUCAAGUUGUCCCAUUGCAGUGGAAUAACCACUGAAUCUCUGUGCACGCUGGCUGGAUGCUGCCCACAGCUGAAAAGUCUGAAUUUGCAGAAUUCCCAGGUUGACUCUUCAGCGGUACUCAGAUUUCUGGAAGCUGCCGGCUCUCGGAUCCAGCACAUGUGGUUGACCUACAGCAGCCGAAUGAGUGCUAUCAUUGCUGUGCUCUUGAGCGGUGUCUGCCCAGAACUGCAGCUUCUAGAGGUGAACAUGGAAAUUGAGCAAAGCACCCAGCACUUCCAGCUGCCCAUUGAACAGCUGCAGGCCGCCUGCCCGCAGUUGCAGGUGUUGCGUUUGCUCAACAUCAUCUCUUACCCAAAGCCCACCCCCUCCUCAGCCCCCAAAUUCCUGGGCUUCCCGCAGCUGGAGGAGCUGUGCCUGGCCACGACGUCGUUCUCCUUAGUGGAUGACAACAUGCUACGGCGGAUCCUGUGCGCUUCGAGGCGGCUCCGCGUGCUCGACCUGCGCGGCUGCUUCCGCGUGACGCCCAAGGGGCUGGAUCUGCUUCCGUGUCCAGAUCUGGAGCAGCUCUACCUGGGCUUGUACUGCACGGCCAACCACCUGCGCCUGCCCCUCGAAGGAAGCCCCCUCAUCACCUGGAAGUGGAAUCACAGCCUGCGAGAGCUGGACUUGACCGGCCAGUGUUUCAACGAGUCUGACCUGGAGCAGGCGAUGGCUGCCUUCACCCAGGGAGAGGGCGCCAGAGGGGAGCCGGUCCUGCGUUCCCUCAACCUCACUGGGACCAAGAUUGCCCUCAGUACUGUCAGGACCCUGAUUGCCAGCUGCUCCACUCUCAGCUACCUCAACUUGUCGUCCUGCCGCCAUUUGCCGCGGGGCACGAAGAAGGUGUACCGGGGCUAUGAGGAGAUCCGCCAGUGUUUGCACCAGCUCGUCUCCAGCUCAGAGGAGCCGGGCAGACCAGGGGAGACCACGUAAGCUGCCUUUUCCGGGAUCCUGCAGUACCGCCGCCAGUAAAUCCAUGCCUUGGCAGGCCAGGUUCCCUUCCGCAGCUUUUCCGCAUCCGCACCUUUCCUGGAUGGAUCCUGCACUUUUGCCAGGGCGGCUGUCGCUCUUCCCCGUGCAAGGCACCGAGGAUACUGGGCAGCGAAGAGCCUGGCGGGUUCUCCCUGCCCCACGGGAAGGGAAAUGCUCAGGAUGCUACACCCGCCGUUUUUGUACCUUAUGUCUGUUGUGUUUUCUAGAGUUUGUAGAUCCAAGCUCCUCCAGAAUAAAAGGGGUUUGUUAUUUCCAC